GGUUCAGUGGGACAUGCAGACACAUGUUAACAGUUUGGCGCGCUUCAGUUUACAAAUGUGGAGGAGUGGGUUUCUCAGGGGGACCGCCUGUCUCUCAAAAGGGGCAGGGCACUGUAGUCCAUGUAAACACUCUCAGCUUCCUCCAUGGCGAUAUCUCUCUGUCUUCCAGCCAUGCCUUCACCCAACACGGCAGUAUUCGUUCAGAGCACAAACUUGGUAUAGCUUUGAAAGCAAAUUAAGGCCAACAGUUGCCUUACAUUUCUGCAGAACUUUAAGAAAAGAUGCAAAGUCUUCAAUAGAUUUCCCGCUCCACCCCCUCACGGUGACUGACAUCAAACAGUAUCUUCGUUCUAAAGAAAUCCCUUUUCAUGACGGAUACAGCUGCUUACAUGCUCCUAGUAUCUUUCUGGGACUGGCUCCUGAGGGAUCUGGAAGAGAAAAUUACUCGCUGUACAUUGAUAAAACCACUGGACAGUUUCUGUGCAAGGAGACUUUAGUGGAGGGGAGCUGGGAAGACCUGCAGGAUUGCAUUGAGGUGAUGUUGAAUGAGGGUCAGGCUUACAUCAGCCCUAAUGUCCUGUUGGGAUUUCCAGAGAGUCUGGAGGAGCAAGAGGAGAGAGAGAUGGAGCUGAGGGAGGUGCAGCGGAUCUGGAGUAGCUCCAUGCCUUUUUCUGAUCUCCAGGAAGAGGAGGCACAGCUUGUUAAAACCAUGUUCCAGAUUGGGAAACUAACCAAUGCCACACUGAAGAAGUUUGGGGUCAGGUUCUUUAAGCCCACCAAGAGUUUGGUGUUUCCUUGGUUUAGUGGGCGUGACUUAAGUCUCCGGGGUGUUAAACUGCUUUCUGCUGCCCUGAAUGAUGACAGGCGGGUUGUCUAUAACGAAGCCACAGUUCCAAAAGUAUCAAACUACCACAAUCUCUUUGGCCUCCCUCUGAUUGGAUGGAAGGAUGUUGAGGUAGUGCUAACAGGGCGUGAGUUAGACAGCAUGGCGGUAAAUCAGGCCACUGGCCUCCCAUCUUUAGCAUUGCCACGGGGUGUCAGCUGUCUACCCCCAGUACUCCUCCCGUAUCUGGAGCAGUUCAAGAAAGUGACAUUGUGGUUGGGGGGAGAUAUGCGCUCCUGGGAAGCCUCAAAAAUCUUCUCUAGGAAACUUGGACUUAAGCGCUGCUCUCUGGUCAGGCCAGGAGAGUUUCACCCGUGCCCAAGUGAGGCACUGUCCCAGGGCAGGAACCUAGCACGCAUCAUCAAGGCUUCCAUUCCUGCUGCCCACAAGUCCAUCGUGUCCUUCAAGCAGCUCAGGGAGGAUGUGUAUGGAGAGCUUGCAAAUGUGGUGCAGGUGGCUGGAAUACAAUGGUCUAGAUUCCCAGAGCUUAAUCGAAUUCUUAAAGGUCAUCGCAAAGGGGAGCUGACUGUUUUCACAGGUCCCACGGGCAGCGGAAAGACCACCUUCAUCAGUGAGUGUGCCCUAGAUCUGUGCAUGCAGGGUGUCAACACAUUAUGGGGCAGCUUUGAGAUCAACAAUGUGCGCUUGGCCAAAAUUAUGCUGACCCAGUUUGCCAAGCAAAGGCUGGAGGAGAACCUGGACCAAUAUGACAUGUGGGCUGACAAGUUUGAGGACCUGCCUUUGUACUUUAUGACCUUCCAUGGACAGCAGAACAUCAAGACUGUUUUGGAUACCAUGCAGCAUGCUGUUUACCUGUAUGAUAUCAGUCAUGUGAUCAUUGACAACUUGCAGUUUAUGAUGGGUCAGGAGAACCUGUCUUUGGACAAAUUUGCUGUACAAGACCAUAUAAUUGGAGUCUUCAGGAACUUUGCCACAAAUAGCAGCUGUCACGUGACCUUAAUUAUCCACCCUCGGAAAGAGGAGGAUGAUAAAGAGCUGCAGACAGCAUCUAUCUUUGGUACAGCGAAGGCCAGUCAGGAGGCAGAUAACGUGCUCAUCCUUCAGGAGAAGAAAUUGGUGACGUGUCCAGGCCGUAGAUCCCUACAGGUAGCUAAGAAUCGCUUUGAUGGGGAUGUCGGCAUCUUUCCCUUAGAGUUUAAUAAAGCCUCGCUUACAUUCUCGGCUCCUGUGAAGGGAAAGCAGAAGCUCCGUCAGGUCAAAGUGGAUAAGAAUAACAGCGGAGAGGAAAUAAAGGAGACUGAACCCAAGGAAAUAAAGGAGACUGAACCUAAAGAAAAAAGUAAUAAAGCUCUCAAGCCUGCCAAAGUGAAGACAUCAAGGACAGUUAAGGGGUCAGCAGCAGGAAAGGAAGCUGCAGAUGGAGAAGGAAAUAAUCAGUAGUGUAGAGAAUAUAGAUGUAUUGAGAGAUCAAGUGAAGCUUAUGUGAGACUUCUAGUUGUCUUAGUGGUCAAAUCAUAGAAGCUACAUAUCAAUCUGUAAAUGUGUAAUACAUGAAAAUGUAUGUUGCUGCUGCAUGUUUGCUAUUGAGUUGGCAAAUAUCAAUGGCUUGAGUUCAAUGUGUCUGUUGUCAUGUGUCAUUGUGUAAAGGAGUGAAUGAAACUGAAUGCUUGUUAGUAAUUUAGAUCUCCCUGAAAAAGCGAUAACAGGUUGUCUUAUUCAAAAAAAAUUUGUACUCGUUCUUACACAACAAAUUAUUUUUGUUUUCAAAAUGAUAUUCCUGAUCAGUUAUAAAAACCAUUUUGAUGGUUUGAAGCACUUAAAAUCUGAUAUAGGACCCCAGUACGGUACGCAUUUGUAGAAAUCCUGCCAUUUCAUCAAUAUAAAAAAAAAACAUUCUGGAUAAUGUUCAAAAUGUAAUGUGAUCUCUGUCUUUUAUAAUGGUCAUUGUUAGGAGAAAAGUGUCAAGUGCAAAUAAGCAAGCUAUGUAUUGUAAAGGAGACUGAAAAUGUUUUAAUAA